AUGUCUUUAUCUGACUUAAAACAUUCUUUGCGAAAAUUAGAGUUUCCAGCAUGUUCUAAAGAAGCCUUAAUUAAAAUUGAGCAACUGCUAGUAGGCAGAGCUGCACCAACAAGUAAGCAAUUGGAUAUUGCUAUGGAGAUCAUAUCAGAAUUUGUUUUUUGCGAUGCAGACCGACGCGGAGGCCGGCGUAGUGGCGGGCUUAAUCCGCUACAGGAGUUACAGCUCAUUGACAUUAUCUGCGAUUACCUCUCAGCCUGCAGUAAUGAGACUACGAAGAACACAAUCUUUUUGUCGUUAUUUGGAGGAAUGGAAAACCAGAGAAAGUUAAAAAUUCUGAGUAUAUUAGCUAGUAUGGCUGUUUCUGCUUCUAGCACUCCAGUGGGUAUCCUUCCUUACGAUUACAAAGUUAAAAUUUAUACUCAGUUUUAA